AUGGCGCUGGGGAACCUCAGGAGGUAUAUCUGGUGGCGGCGCGAGGGUGAGGUGGUGCCGGACCCGGAUGGAUCGGUCGGAUCGAUUGAAGGGGACAAGAUCGGGUUGGCGUCGCUGAAACAGUUCGAAAAGAUGCAUCGGCUUGACCCGAACCUGCCGCUGGACGAGUUGGACGAGAUCGAAGAGACGAUAAACACGGCCAAUGUCGAGAAGGGGGCCGAAAUCGAGCAGAUCUUGGCCGAGGACAAUUCGCCCUACCCAGAAGUGCGAGCCUCAGUGCGAAAUUUCGAUGUCGAUAUGCCUGCGAACACGAUCCGAGCCUGGACGAUUGGCAUGUUGCUGUGUACUGUCGGGUCUGCUGUCAACAUGCUCCUCUCGCUCAGAAACCCAAGCAUAUCCCUCACGACCUUCGUCAUUCAGCUGAUUGCCUAUCCCUUGGGCCUACUAUGGGACCGGGUAUUCCCCGACCGAGUGUUCAAUGUGUGCGGUGUCAAGUUCAACUUCAAGCCCGGCCCCUUCAACUUCAAGGAGCACGUUAUUAUUGUGGUCAUGUCAAACGCUGCGUACGGCGGUGGUGCCUUGUACGCUACCGAUGUCAUCAUUUCGCAGAAAAUGUGGUAUAAGCAGGAAUUUGGUUGGGCCUGGGAAAUGAUGUUCGGCAUUACGACCCUCUGCACGGGAUAUGGGCUGGCCGGACUGGCAAGAAGGUUUCUGGUCUGGCCGGCUGCCAUGAUUUGGCCGACUGACCUCGUCAACUGCGCCCUUUUCUACACCCUUCACGACCAUUCUCCUUCAGAUCCGCUAAGAGCAAAUGGCUGGAGUAUCAGCCGGUAUAAGUGGUUUGUGCUGGUGUUUGUCGGGUCCUUCUUGUGGUACUGGUUUCCGGGGUACCUCUUCCAGGGUCUGUCAUGGUUCUGCUGGAUUACCUGGAUCUGGCCCGACAAUGUCAUUGUCAACCAGCUGUUCGGCGGCUACAGUGGUUAUGGGUUGUUUCCCAUCACCCUGGACUGGAGUGUCAUUUCGGGCUAUCUGAUGUCGCCGCUAAUUCCCCCGUUUCACGCCAUCGCCAAUGUGCUGGGCGGCCUCACCGUUUUCCUGGUCAUCAUCUCGCUCGGAAUCCACUACUCGGGCAUGUGGUACUCGGCAUACAUGCCAGUGCACAACGCGAUGGCCUACGAUAACACGGGCCACCUGUACAAUGCAUCGGCCAUCCUGAACGAGAAGAUGCAGUUCGACGAAGCCAAGUACAUGGCUUACUCGCCUCUCUACCUUCCUACGCAGUUUGCGCUCGCCUACGGCUUGUCCUUUGCCGCAGUUGCCGCCGUGAUUACGCACGUCGCUCUCUACCACGGCAGUGAGAUAUGGAAUCAGUACAAACUGGCGCGGUCCCAGGAAGACGAUGUCCACAUGCGGCUAAUGAAGAAGUACCGCGACGCGCCGGACUGGUGGUACACAGUCCUGUUCGUCAUCAUGCUCGGCCUCUCCUUCGCCGUCGUGUGUGCCUGGGAGACCCACUUCCCCUGGUGGGCCUACGUCGUCUGCAUGCUGAUCCCGCUUCUGUGGACGGUGCCCAUAGGCAUCGUGCAGGCCAUCAGCAACAUCCAGCUAGGUCUCAACGUUCUGACCGAGUACAUCAUCGGCUACAUGCUCCCCGGCCGCCCCUUGGCCAUGAUGAUGUUCAAGAACUACGGCUACCUGUGCAUGUCGCAGGCUCUCUACUUCAUCCAGGACCUCAAACUGGGUCAUUACAUGAAGGUGCCGCCGCGCGUCAUGUUUUGGUCACAGCUCAUCGCCUCAGUAUGGUCGGCCAUCGUCCAGAUUGCCGUCAUGAACUGGGCCUUGGCCACGAUCCCCGACGUAUGCUCCGAAACCCAGGUGCACCAGUGGAACUGUCCCAGCGCGCGCGUCUUUUACACGGCCUCGAUCGUAUGGGGCGCCAUUGGGCCCGCCCGCAUAUUCUCGGGCGAGGCCCUGUACAGCUCGCUGCAGUGGUUCUGGCUGGUGGGUGCGUUGGCGCCCGUGCUGUCGUGGUUCCUGGCCAGGCGGUAUCCGAGGUCGAUUUGGCGCUACGUCAACAUGCCGCUCAUUUUUGGCGGCUCAGGCUGGCUGCCGCCCGCAACCGUGUACAACUACUACUGCUGGGGGAUCGUGGGGACCAUCUUUAACUAUUUCAUUCGGCGGAGGAAAACGGGCUGGUGGCUGCAGUACAACUACGUCACGUCGUCUGCCCUGGAUUGUGGCUUGAUCGUGUCGACGCUCGUCAUCUUUUUCGCCCUGUACCUGAGCGGAACGGGCGCUCCGGCAUGGUUUGGCAACACGGCCCCGGCGAGCACCAUGGAUAUGACCUUCAAGGCGAUUCAGAAAGUGGUGCCGCCUGGCGAGACGUUUGGGCCGAGCGUUUGGCCUUGA